AUGCACAAGCUGGGCGUUCAGGUUAUGCCCUCACCCGACAUGAUGGCGAUCAUGGACGCAAAAGACACACUGUGUAAGGAGACUUUGUUGAGCAUGCGUUCGGAGGACAUGCUCACAGACUACACAGCAGAUGAGUUUGCGACGGGCUUCAAGAAGAGGCCGAUUUUUCAGCUGCGCGGCAUCAAGCAGAACAGAGGCUCGUCAUGCGAGAAGCGGCAACCCGGCAGCUCAUGCCCUUCACCUGUUGUGAUGGUGUUUAUGGGUUCGAAGGACAUGCUGUGCAGAGUGGCCAUAUUGAACACUGGCUGGGAGGACAAGCUCGCACCGUUCACCAUAAAGGAGUUUGCGACUGGCUUCAAGAAGUCGCUGGCUUUCCAGCCGCACGGCCAUCAAACAGAGCAGAGGCUCGUCACACGAGGGCAUCUGGACCAGCGGCAACCUGGCCGUUCAUACACUUCACCCGAUGUGAUGGUCUUUAUGGGCUCGAAGGACAUGCUGUGCAAGGACACGCUCGCACACUUCACCGUGGCGGCUGGCUUCAAGAAGACGCCGGCUUUUCAGCUGCGCGGCAUCAAGCAGAGCAAAGGCUCGUCAGGCGAGGGCAUCUGGAUCACCACAAGGGUUGGAGGACACGCUCGCAUACGUCGGUAA